CCAGCGCCAGGUGCUGGGCUAUCGCGGCGGGAUGGGGCGGCUCGGGUCCCGCCGCCUCGUCCUGCUCGCCACCUGCCUGGGGCUCUGCUGGGCUUGCGGGGCGCUCGGAGCAUCUUUUUAUGGUGAAAGCUAUGUGGAGCUCAACAACAUAGAAGUUUCCUCUGAGUUAUCUCUUCAAUUAAAAUUUCAAACCAGCAAGCCACAGGGAUUACUUUUUCUUGCAUCUGGGGAAAAUGACUAUUAUAUAGUAGAACUUCUAUCAGGAACCUUACGGGUGAGAGUGAAUUUGGGUGCAGGUGAACAAGUGCUUCUUUCUGACCCAAGACUUCGUGUGGAUGACUUAGUUUGGCAUUUGGUGGAAUUUUACUAUGUUAAGGAUAAUAUUUCUUUGGUUGUGGAUAAGUAUUAUAAGGCAACUAGCCACAUGGCUGGUGGGAGGCAUCUUUUAAGCUUUCAUGGAAUCUACAUAGGAGGCCAUGCGGGACUCAAUGUCCCUUCCCUAAAUGGAGAACUCCUCAAUUUCCGUGGAUGUAUGGAAGAUGUGAUAUUUAACCAGAGGGAGAUCCUUAUGUCCCUUAGAUCUUAUCCUGGUUUUAAGAAGGUUUAUGAGGUGUCACUGGGAUGCAGUGAUGAGUUUUUUGCAGGGGAGGAUGAAGUCAUUAAUUUCUUUAGCUCCAGAUCCUAUGUCACUUUUUCAGAAUGGAAGGCCCAAGGGAAGGCACUAUUAGAGUUUGGUUUGCAGACUGGAACUCCACAAGCCUUGCUUUUAUUUCAGUCAGGCCAAGAAGGAGAUUUUGUUGCUUUGGAAGUAGAUGAAGGUCUGUUGAAGGCUCACGUAGGAAGAGGUAAUAAUAAAACUAAGUUGUCCUCUUUCAGCUUUGUUAGUGAUAACAAGUGGCACAUUAUUCAACUCAAAUUAACAGAAAGGUAUCUGGACCUAAUGGUAGAUGGACAAAGAGUAAGGACUUCCCUGCCUUUGCAAAGAAAACCUUUUGUAUCUGCAGGCCCUCUCUUUGUGGGAGGUCUUGAUAACAAAAUGCAGGAAGAAGUAAAGAGGUUAGAGUUUGCUUCUGUGCCUAGGAAAUCUGCUGGAGGAAUUUCUUUCAAAGGGUGCUUAAGAAACUUAGAAACCAACUCAGAAAAGAGAGCACUAAGGGAUGCCAUUGUUUCCAAAGAUAUUUCUGCCGGGUGCAAAGACGAGAGUAUCAAUAACACAAAUACUUCCAUAACAACAAAGGAAAACCUGCUUGGGUCAGAAGUUUCCUUUUCUACUGCUGUCCCUGAGGCCAUCAAGCCGGUCUUUCAAGAUGAGAGAAGAUAUUUCUUGGUUUUGAAUAACUUGAAGGUCCAAGAAGGUGGACGAGCUUUACUGGAACCAAGGCAUAUAAAGGUGAAUGUGGAAUUUAAGGAUCUGGAUAUUCACUAUUCUCAAGUAUUAUUUAAAGUAGAGAAAAUGCCUAUUCAUGGGUACCUUCUAUUAGAUGAUGCACCCAAGCGAGAAAGGAAGAAGGCCUUUACUAUGUUAGAUUUAUGGCAAGGCAAAGUUUGGUAUGUCCAUGAUGGUUCAGAAGAAGCUAUGGACUAUUUCACAUUUUUGGUCUCUUCUAAUAGCAAGAAGGAAAUGCCAUUGUAUCUCCAAGGACAUGUUCCACAUGUGUUUAACAUUAUUGUCAGUCCAGUGAAUGAUCCUCCCUACCUGAAGCUCCCAGAAGGAAACUUGCUUCUCCUGUUUGAGAACACUAAGAAACAACUGACUCCAAAUAUAAUACAUGUGUCAGACCCUGACACAGAUUCUUUAAGUCUUAGUUUUUCAGUUCUUGGCAACUUCAAUUCAGAUGCUGGGUUUUUAGAAAAUUCAAAUGACCCUGGGAGAGCCAUUAAUAGUUUUACACAUGAGGACUUAAGCGAUGAUAAAAUUUUCUAUGUGCACAGGGGUCAUCGAAACUCUCGGAUUGUCCUGAGAGCAAGUGAUGGAAAACUGGUGAGCAAUACAGUGGUGUUACGGGUCAUGGCUAUUCCUUGGGACUUUGAGGUAGCCAAUCGAACUGGUGUGGUUGUUUCGCAGGGUGGCACUGUUCUGAUUUCACAGAGUAACCUGUCGGUGGAGGUUAAUGGUGAACGAUGUGACAUGGAGACCCACUAUGACAUCACUCAUCCACCUCAGUUUGGCCAGAUUCAGCAGCAGGGGUCAACUGGGGAAUGGAACCAAGUUAGUAACUUUUCUCAGCAUUCCAUUGAUCAGAGCUGGGUCCGGUACUGUAGUACAUUCAAAGAAUUGCAGCUAGAAAAUGUUACUGAUUACUUUAAAUUUAAAGUUAACAUAGGAGGAAAGAUCAGUGAAGAGUUGAUGUUUCCUGUUAUGGUGCAUUGGCUGAAGUUCACACUUCUGAAAAAUGUUCCUCUAGAGAUCAGUCAAAUAAACAAACAAGUAUUGAAUUGUGAUCAUUUACAGGCUGCAACUGAGAGUGUGGAAGUAGCUGAGAGGGAACUACAUUUUAAGUUACUAACUAUACCAAGGAAAGGAAAAUUGCUACUGGGCAAUAAGGUUCUAAAAACGAACUCAAUCUUCAGUCAAAAAAACAUUACAGAUGGUAAGAUAAGUUAUGAACCUCAGGAGAGGCCAAGGGAAGACUCACAAGACAAUUUUCGUUUUUUGAUUGUUGCAAAACACAUAGAAUCAGAAGAUUAUACUUUCAGAAUAAACUUCAAGGCAGUUAAGACACACGUUAUUUUAACCAAUAGAGAAUUAUUUGUAAAAGAAGGAGAAGGGAAAUUAAUUACAAAAUUGGAAUUAUUUGUUCGAACUGUGGACAAUCAGCUAUUUCAGUAUAAGAUCACCAAGAGUCCUCAACACGGGAAACUAAAACUGAUUAGCCUUUCGGAUUCUCUGGAAAGUAAUGACAACAUCACUACAUUCACUGAUCAAGACAUAGUGGGUGAACGGCUGAUGUAUGUUCAUGAUGACUCUGAGACUGAGUGUGAUGAAUUCCAUGUUGUGGCUUCCACCAGAGGCCCAGGCCAAGAGGCUGUGGCCAGGGAUCAUGACAUGAAUAAUUUGUCUACAGAAAUAAAAGUUUCUAUAUCUGUUGGGUUAAAGAAUGAUGAGAAGCCAGUACGUGUGGUAGAUAAGGUCUUUCAUGUUGUGUGGAAUGGCCAGCGCUUACUGACUCUGGCUGAUCUCUGCUACCAUGACCCCGACUUAGAUUUUGAUGACGGGCAGUUGCUCUACAUCAGGCGGGGCAUUCCAAAUGGAGAUUUGGUCCGAGUCAGUGACCCCACUCAGAAACUCUACCAGUUCAAGCAAGAAGACCUGCAAGAAGGGCGUGUGCUCUUCAGGCAUCAGGGUGGAGACUCGGCCCGCUUUGUACUAUUUGUGACAGAUGGUGUCCAUUACACAUCCACAUUUCUUGAGGUCAGUGUGUCAGACCCUUACAUCCAGAUAGUAAACAACACUGGGAUGCUUGUACACAGAGAAAAAGACAGCAGCCUCACAACAGCCAACCUGAGUGUCACCACAAACCAAGAUGUCAGGACAGACCAUGAGAUUGAAUUCUACAUUGUGCAGCCCCCAAAGCAUGGCAGAAUCCUAGUCAACAAUUCAGUAUACCAUUCAUUUUCCCAGAAUGACUUGAAGCAAGGUCAUGUAAUUUAUAGGCACGAUGGCAGUGGCAGCUUUGACAUAUUCAACCUGAAAGUAAAAGUUAAAGAAACUUACUUGGAAGUGGGAGUCAAUGUUCAAGUGUGUUCGGAAGGUCACCAACGUCACACUCAGGUUCUGCACAUCAAAACCCUUGUAGCUGAAGAAGGAAAACCAGUUCAACUGAGUAGAGGAAGGCUCCAGGGUAUAUAUGAAGAUAAUAUGCCUUCAGAGGCAGUGUACAUUGUCAGAACCCCACCAAUGCAUGGAUACCUCCAGAAGUCUACACCAGAAGAAGGCACCUUGGAAGCAGAUGGAAACUCUCCAUUGAUUUUUACACAACAGGAUGUUGAUGAUGGCAAUAUUCUUUAUGUUCAGACAGUUCCUGAGCAACAGCAAGACCAUUUUUCCCUGGAUGUGACAAAUGGUUUCCUAGUUGUAAGUAGAGUAGAAAUCUUGGUGGAUAUCAUCCCUAAUUGGAUUCCUCUGGAGGUGAAGAAUUUCACAGUUCAAGAAGGUGGUUCCAAAGCACUUAUGGAAGACUACCUCAAAAUUCCAAGCAAAUAUUUUGAGGGACUUGACUGUGAGUUUGUUCUUCUUGAACCACCAAAACACGGUUACGUUGAAAGUUCUGAUUUUCCACAAGUAAAACUAAUGAAAUUUACCAGAAAACAGGUGGAAAAUGAAUUGAUUUACUAUGUUCAUGAUGAUAGCGAGGAGCUUCUUGACAACUUUACCAUCUUUGCAAAUAGUUCAGAUCUUAGAAAACAAAGUCAGCCCCAAACUCUUUUUGUGAUGAUUGAAUCUAUAAAUGAUGAAGCUCCAGUAAUAACAGUCAAUAAAGUCCUCCAGGUAUGGGCGAAUUCUGUCACUGCGCUGACCCAGGAUGACCUCUGUGCAGAAGAUGGGGACUCCUCUCCACAGAACCUGGCCUACUGGGCCACUGUACCCAGCAACGGGCAUUUAGCUCUUAAGUCCUCUCCUGGUCAAAGCAUCCAGAACUUCACCCAGGCUCAAAUCAACGAGGGCCAACUAGUGUUUGUACAUACUGGAGCAAUGUCAGGAGGCUUUAAUUUUCAGGUUACUGAUGGUUUGAACUUUGCACCUCGACAAAUUUUUAGCGUCACAGCUCGAGUUCUGAUCAUUAGCUUAGAAGUAAACAGAGGACUGAGCAUCUUUCCAGGUUCCACAAAACCCCUUUCAUCUCAUGACCUGAAAGCCGUGACCAAUGACAUGGACGAUACAGGAAACAGAACUGUAACUUUUAUGGUUGUAAGUUCCCCUAGGCUGGGGAGGUUGGUGAGGAUGAACUCUGACAACAGCACAGAGGACGUGUCCAUUUUUACCCAGUAUCUGGUCAGUGAAGGGCUGAUAUUAUACCAGCACGUGGACUGUGAGAAUACAGGCUGGACUGCAGAAGAUACUUUCACAUUCACGAUGUCCUCCCCACCCGCUGCUCUAGGCCCCAAAGAGUUCCAUAUUACCAUUUCAUAUGAAAUUGAUGAGCCCGGUCGGCAGACCCGUCUGCUCGCAAAUACAGGAGCUGCUGUCAAGGAGGGUCACAAAGUUCUCAUUGACCAAUCUAAGCUAGAUGCUUCUAACCUCUUAUUUAAAUUGCCCAAAUCGCAGCGCUCUUCCUAUGAAAUCUGGUUCCAGAUUACAUCACUUCCUCACCAUGGAACGGUUAUGGUUGGAGAAAGAAAUAUUACUAAAAGAAAACCCAAUUUUUCCCAGCAUAUAAUUAAUAAAUUUGGAAUCACCUACCUUCACGAUGACUCUGAAUCACUGUCAGAUCACUUUACUUUUGCUGUUUGGCCAAACCGAAAGAGCAAGUCUGCCGCCAAGCCAGAGGCUGACUUUCUUGAAGAGAUGUUUAACAUUACCAUCUCUCCUGUUAAUGACCAGCCGCCAGAAUUAAGGACAAAAGGACUUCGGUUGAAAGUUCUGCAGGGCAGUAGGUUGGUUGUGGGAUCUGAAAACCUGAAAGUGGAUGAUCUAGACAGCCCUCCAGAUGAGAUCAGAUAUAUGAUCAUUCGUAAUCCUAAUAAUGGCUUUUUGGCAAUGGCACACCAUCCAGACACACCUGUUCACUGUUUUACACAAGCUGACAUUGACAACUCUCAGGUGUGGUUUGUACAAGAUGGAAGCCCAUCCUCUGGAGUAUUCUACUUUAGUGUGACCGAUGGUGGCCACCGGCCACUCUACAAGCUCUUCCACCUGGAUGUUAUUGCCAUCUCUAUCACUCUGGUGAACCUCACUGAACUACUUCUCCCUCAAGGCCAGACAACUGUCCCUAUCACCAAUGCUCACCUGUCAGCAAUGACUAACGGACGGAGUUCCCAAAUCACUUACAGGAUAACAUGGCCUCUCCAACAUGGGCAUCUGCUGAUUGAAAACCAGGUGGUCAGCAGCUUUGGACAGGAGGAUUUGGAUUCAGGAAGACUCUCUUACCACAUGACAAAUCUCACUGCCUCAGAGGAUCAGCUACAGUUCUCACUGUUUACACCAGAAAGCAACCUGACAGGACAAACGCUGAGCAUCAGAGUGCAGCCCUUACUGCGGGUUAUGUCAAAUCUGAAAAUUGCCAACAAAGUGGCUCAUCAUCUGAGAAGACAAGACCUUGAUGCUUCUGAGCUUGCUAAUAGGACCAGCAGUGACCCCAAAUUUGAAGUGACAGAACCCCCUGUCCAUGGAAGACUUGUAAGAAUACUUCGUAGCACUCUGAUGGAAGAUACUACUGUAUUCACUCAGAGGGACAUUGACCAAGGGCUACUGGUGCUUGAGCCACAUGCUAAUCUAACAGACACUGACAUGCUCAAUGACUCCUUCACCUUCUUACUCAGGGCAGACCAUGUACAACCAGCACUAGGUUAUUUCCCCUUCACCAUAGUACCACCUGAUGCCUUAUUUUUGCAAACUUUCAUGCCAGAUAUUCCUUUAUUAAUCACUGGAGAUAACCUUGUGACCUCAGUUCCCACUCAGGAAAAGCCUGUGGUCUUCUCAGGACCCAUGGUACAGACAGAGACUCUGGGGAAGCUGACCCAGAUCAGAUGGCAGGAAGCAGAUCCCUGGAGACAACACAGUAGUGAAGAGUCUAGUGUGGAUGCUAUGAUCUCGUCCACUCAGGUUAUUUGGUCACCAGCCACCACCAACGUCAGUCCUGGGUCACCUACUGAGCCUGGAGAGACCAUGUACCCUCUGAUGGUCAUCAUACCAUUGGCUGUAGUGUUUGUUCUGCUCAUAGUGACUGCAGUGGCCAUGUAUGUCUGGCUCUUGGGCCGAAAGGUAGAAAAGGCAAAACCCCUUAUCAAGCCCCAGGCCAACCUGGAGCCCACAACCCCAUGUUGUAGGCCAGAAAGGAGCAUAUCUGUUCCCACUGUCACAGUGACUCCCCUUAUAAAAAGCCCCAGAAGUCCCUCAAUAAGUCUGUCCAGGGCCUCUCAGUGUGAACAAAUGGCCUCUCCAGUGACUGAGCAAAUGGAAAAAUGUACUCCUUGGAAGACAUGGGUGAACUUGGAUCCUGACAUGGCCAGGCUCUGCCGACAAACCAACCCAGCACUAAAGCAUAACCAGUAUUGGGUAUAGACUGAAGGCUCUUAUUUCUUGUUGACCAUGUGCUGUGUUCCAGGAACUGGAAUAGACAAGGAACUAUAAAAGCAAAGAAAAAAAAAUUUUUUUGAGAGGUUUUGGCUAUAGGGCAUGUGCUCUUGCCAGA